UCGUUCCCCCGUUCGGACGGGCCUCUGAUUGGUCGAGCCCACUGAGGGUCGUCAGUCGUGACCAAUGAGAACGCUCGAGGGGACGUAUGCAAAUACCUCCCCGGUCUGGCAUUCCUGUGCUGAGCAUUGCCAGUAAAAGCCGCGUCGCUGCCGCGAGACUUAUUCAUCGCACCAUCAUUCGCACUGCAAAGCGACGUCCUGGAAGCGCUGUGAGCUCGAUUCAAGAAGAAUAUUUCCUCCUAACAGUUUAUGUUUAUAGAGAGACAAUAGAGUACAUCUACUUUUCAUUCCGGGUGAAAGUGAACCGCAAAAACGCGUGUCAGGGAUAGCGUCUCCAAGGUGCGCAACUUUACGCACGCUUCCUAACGGAUAGGUUACGCUGGUCUCCUCCGAUGAUUCCUGCUGAAAGAGGAAGAAUAUCGACGCGAAGGGUUCACAAAGUUUAAUCUUAAGGCUGACUAAACGACUUUUCUAUCUCGUCGAGCGGAUAGUAACGCAAAGUUUCCACGCGUUGCGCUUCGGCUCUUGAUGUUCCGCGCGUCUGGAGACUCUGGAUCCUGACCCCGUCUGAGAAGCGCUCAAAACAUACAAAUGGUUUUUCUUUGGGACGCCAAAUACGAACCUGCGCCUGGGCGACGCUUCACGCCUCCCUCGACCACCCUGAGCUCGGGGAAGAUGAACGAGGGCUUGCCCCUGGGGGCUCAGGAGAGCAGCGGCGCCGCCCUGGUGAGCAAACUGCGCAUGGGUGACCGGAGCAUGGUGGAGGUGCUUUCCGACCACCCGGGAGAACUGGUGCGCACGGACAGCCCAAACUUCCUGUGCUCCGUUCUGCCCACACACUGGCGCUGUAACAAGACCCUACCCAUUGCCUUCAAGGUGGUGACUCUCGGCGAUAUCCCCGAUGGAACGCUGGUGACCGUGAUGGCAGGGAACGAUGAGAAUUUCUCGGCGGAGCUCCGCAAUGCCACGGCCGCCAUCAAAAAUCAAGUGGCCCGUUUCAACGACCUGCGUUUCGUGGGCCGCAGUGGAAGAGGAAAGAGUUUCACUCUCACCAUCACCGUCUUCACGAACCCGCCGCAGGUGGCGACCUAUCAAAGAGCAAUAAAGAUCACGGUGGACGGGCCCCGGGAGCCACGGCGACACCGCCAGAAGCCGGAUGAAGGUGUAAAACCAGGCGCGUUAGCUUUCUCUGAGCAGCUGAGGCGAAGUGCCAUGCGCUGCAGUCCUCACCAUGGCCCUGCCCACAACCCACGCCCACCCCUCAACACACCCUCGUUCAGCAGCCCCACCCACAGCCAGAUUCCCGAUUCAAGACAGAUGCAAUCCUCUCCAUCCUGGUCUUAUGAGCAAUCGUACCCUUACCUGGGUCCCAUCUCCACCCCAACGGUUCAUCCCACAACACCCAUAUCACCCAGUCGCAACGCUAUACACUGUCCAGAUCUGACAGCGUUUACCGACCCACGUGUCAGUCUGGAGCGCUCGUUCCCCUCCCUUCCCUCACUACCUGAUGGACGUUUCUCUGACCCGCGGGUGCCCUACCCCACAGGAGCGUUCACUUACACACCCACCCCUGUCACCAGCGCUAUCGGCAUCGGUAUGUCAGCCAUGACGACCCCUGCCGGCCGCUACCACACAUAUUUACCCCCGACCUACCCGGCCGGCUCCUCCCAAGGUCAGGGUGGUCCCUUCCAGGCCAGCUCGUCACCCUAUCACUUAUACUACAGCAGCGCCGCCGGCUCGUACCAGUUCUCCAUGAUGGCAGGGGGAGGCGGAGGCGAACGCUCUCCGCCCCGCAUACUACCGCCCUGCACCAACGCCUCCACAGGCUCCGCCCUCCUGCACCCCUCUCUGCCCAAUCAGAGCGAUGUGGUGGAGGCCGAAGGAAGUCACAGCAGUUCACCAACUAGCUUGUCUGUUGAAGCUGUUUGGAGGCCAUAUUGAGGACUACAUCUUUGAAAGAUACUUGGGUUGACCAAUAGAAAGUGGUAGCUGAACUGUAGAUGGUUUUGGAUUGGAGCAUAUUGGAAUCAGAAAGGAAGGACUUCAGUUUAACACCGCACAGCAUGAGACUUGUUUGCAUUUCUAAAAAAGAAGUUGAGGAUAGUUCGUAUUAUUAAUAUUGUGCUAUUAUUAUUAUUAUUGUUGUUAUUAAUAUUAUUGUUGUUGGUCUCGUCGUAAUUGUACAUCAUUAUUCACCAGCGCCAGCCAUGUUUUGACUUCAACACCACCGAUUUGCUUUCAUGCAGCCUCUUGAUUUUUCAUGUCAAAUGAACCUUACCAUGCUUCUGUAGAUCCCAGACCAGAAGCAAACACAAAAGUUUUGCUUAUACAUUGCAAGCUUGUGCUUCUAUUAUUCAUGUUAAUGUAUAUUUUUGCAUUUCUGUGAUCUUCGGGCUAUUGCUGUAAGAUAAUAGCCAUUGCAGUAUUUGACACAUAGAUUAAAUACAUAGAUGCUUCAUUAGAAGCUGUGUCUAAGGUUCUAAGUCAUCGACCAUUUUGAAACAAUCAAAGCUGUACGAUGACCUCUCAAAAGCAAAUUGAGACAUGUGUAGGAAUAUCAAAAGUUAUGUGUUGUGUAAACAAAUCAUUGUCAUUGCAACAGAAUGAAGGCUGCAGGUAACACAACAUUUUAAGAGAUUAAAAACCUGUAAUAUUGAUUUAAAGGAACAGUUCCAAAUGAAAAUUCUUCGAUCAUUUACUCACCCUCAAGUUGUUCCAAAUCUGUAAAAAUGUCUUUGUUCUGAUGAACACAGACAAAGAUAUUUGGAAGAAUGCUUGUAACCAAACAGUUCUUGGACAUUAUUUACUACGAUAGUAGGAAAACUUUCUUAAUAAACGUCUUUGUUGUGUUGAUCACAAGAAGAUAUUUGAAGAAUGUAUGAACUGUUUUUUGGGGCUCUUUUGACUACCAUUGUCAUUUUUCCUACUAUGGCCAAGAUCUGUUGGGUUGCAAGCAUUCUUUCCAAUAUCUUUCUCUGUGUUCAUUUAAAACAUAGAGAAACACAAACUUACCCAUUCUCAUCUGCAAUAAGAUUAUCCCAAAUAUUUUAGACUUUAAAACUGCUUUUUUAUCUUAGUCAAGAUGGCGGACCUAUGGACUUCUGCAGUUGAAUGUGGCAUCUAUGUAUAUGUUUGAGUCAAACUUAAGGAAACUGACCAUAGAAGAAGACAAUUUACCUUAAAAAUAAUUCAUGCUUUUUACACGAAAAGACGCAAAAAGUUGUAUUCUGAUAUAUUUUAACACCCAAAAUGGAGUUUGAGUUCUUCCUCAUGUUUGGAACAAAGCAUAGAAGAGUUCACAGUUUCAUUUAUCAGAGCUAUUAUGCAGUCAGCCGAGUCCCAAAUAUUUCAAAUAAUGUUGAAGAUACAUUUCAAAGACCCUGGCCUUCUUUUCUCCUCGUGUUUUCUUAGCCCCCUUGAAACUCCAAAGCCAAGGUAAAGCACUAAGUAUAUGGAAACAGAUUUAUACUUAGUCUUUGCCAACAUCGAUAUGCUCUUAAGAGCUUAAACAGACGUUGGACACUGUAUGUUUCCAGGUUUACGAGACUCAACCCGCUCACUGCCUUUCACAGUCUUUCUCUGUGCAAGAUUAACCGCUCAACACGGUCUCCACGAAUUCAGCCUUUCCCAAUGGCGCUCUGGUUUGAUGGUUUGGUGGUGGGCUGCACGUAAGAUGGAACAAUCACGAACCUCUAUUUGUGUAAAUAGGUUGUAAAUGACUUCAGCGACGUCAUCGGUUGCUCAACACAAGACACUGUUCUCAACUUCCAACUGGGGAAGAAUUCAAAAUGCAGCUUAAUAUGUUUGUUUGGUUGUCCUUUUCAACCUUUAUUUGCGGAAUAUAACACUGUUGUGAAGAAACAGCUUCUUUCUA